AUGCGUACAUUCACUAACAUCCUCUUGACCUCAUUAGCGACAGCAGAUCUUCUGGUAGGAUUUGUCGUGAUGCCCAUGUCACUUCUCGAUUUGCUUUAUAGUCAUCGAUGGCCACUAGGGAGAUUUCUUUGCGGUUUAUGGGCCACAUCCGAUGUGCUGCUUUGCACCGCUAGUAUUUUGAAUCUUUGUGUAAUUAGUCUGGACCGAUAUAUGGCAAUCACUUCUCCACUCAAGUAUCCGAGGACCAGGUAA